AUGCUUUUGUGGCCUUUGGACAAAGAGCGCAGGGAACUCCUAGGGGAUGGUCACGUUGCCGACAACGGAAUAGACAAGGACGGCGACUCUUCCACAGCGGGGAAAGUUGAUAGUAGCCAAGGCGGUGACUCUACAAGCAACGCGGUGACCUCCCACUUCGACAUACCGCAAGCGAUAAAUUACCGAUGUGACGUCRCAAUCCGCGUCGUUGAGCCAAUCCGAGCGAACAAUGGCGAGAAUCGGGUCGGUACUGGAAAUUGCAUCGAACGUCGCCGUGUCGUCCGAUCGCAUAUGAUUUUGGACGAGUAUGACUACCAGCCUCGUGGGACCCCACGGUCCUCGGUGCAUUGUGGCUCGAUCGAGCAGCUUGCAGCAGCGCAUCGGCUCGAUCGCCAGGCGCGUAAGAUUGACCGAAAUUUCAGCCAUCUUUGGCAGAUAGCCAAGCGCAGGCCCAGAAUAGAACAAAGACAGAGCAUGUCGCAGGGGUCACAGGGUAGGGGAGGGCUGGUCCUGAAGAUGUCGAAACGAGGUGCCUCACCAGACGACUGGAUGCUGCUGAGAAUGUUGUCUUGGGCAGCUGCCAAGCAGAGGAAAUGGCCAUUCCGCCAGGCCACACCAAGAAAUAAAGGCGCCGACACCCAGUUGCUUGGCGCUGAAUGGAAGAGUUUUGAUGCGUGGCAGCAGCAUGUUCAAGAGCGAGUGUCUGAAAUCUAUAUCAGGCACGGCAUGAAGCCUCCUCGCAUAGAGAGAAUCCGCUCUGGCGUACCACACGUGCCACAGUCCUCGAACGUGCGAUGUCGCAAGUGUGCUUCUACCAACAGAUCGCUUCUGGAGUGCAUUGGAAAGUCCCGUUGCGCGACGUGUCAGCUCAAAGGCAUCAUCUGCGUGUCAGGAAGGAAGCGUGCGCCGGCCGAGCGAGAUCGUCUUCGUAUCGGUGUGCUUCGCGACGCGGCAUUCAAACACUUGCCGGGUCCUGCAAAGUCCUGA